AUGUCGACGGUGUUUGUGUGUCUUUGUUGGAUAAAGUCGGCUGGAGCGCUGCAAGGAGACGGAGGUCUAAGUCGCAACACGAGUUUGACCUUGAAGCAUACCGCCGAUCUCUUGACUCGAAUCAAUGUUUGUGUUGCAAAAGGCGCCGUAAAAGCUGCUGACAAGGAGCUUCAAAAGGCUCUCGAAACUUACGCGCAACAGCUCAAACGUUCAGCUCUAAAUGACCAUUUGGCUGCCAUAAAUCCGUUGGUAGCGGGACUUACAAUGCUGGAUCAUCAUUUAGAAUACUUGGACUUAGCGAGUGAGGCUGUGGCGACAUCGAAGCUACGUAGUUUCUGUCAUGUGUACAGUGCGCUUGCCAACGAGGGUUUGUGCUGUCGCAUUCAGUUUUUCGAGGAUAUACUGGACCUUUACGGAGAAAUGAUAUUUACUCCAAGCCGAGCUGCAGCAGUGCGUGGCGCUUACUAUCGCACCUUUUUACUUAGCUCCGAUUUGAAAGCAACGGCGUUGGAUGCUGCCAUUCGAGGUAACACCCCAGCAAGUGUGGAUAGUAUCAAAGUUCGGCCAAUCCAAUAUCUGAACGAAAUGUCGAAGAUAUUCCGGCUCAUGACGAAGAACGAUACGUCAUUUCUGGAAGGUGUAUCAUCAAAGGGUUUACUUGAUAAGGCUGCAGAUAUCUGCUCCCACGAGUUAUUUGACACCCGCGUCCUGUCACGUGACAUGCUGAAGCUCAACGAUGAUCUCUCGGACGCUUUCUCGGAAAUGUACAGUGCUUUGGAUGAACGGCGUGUGUGCUUUCUGGAUGGGAUGGCAGUUCGCGUGACUCAGACGUGUGACUGUCUACGGCCGAAUGAUGCGUUCGAUAUACGUGCACUACCGGGUUGUCCUUAUCCAGGAUCUGAGCUCAUCAGCGACGAGCUAGCUAUUGCAAUGUGCAAGAAAAUCGCAGCUGUGAUUGAAACCAAAUUUGAUGGCUGA